AUGGAUGAAUUCAAAGAAUUUGCCAAACCUCCCAACUGGCCAAAACCAGUCAACGAGCUAGACACGACAGAGGAAAGCAACAAUGGUUUUCAAAACCAAGAAUUUAUUGUUUGGAUGAGGACUGCAGCCUUCCCAAAAUUCCGUAAGCCUUAUCGGAAAGUCGUACACGAAAAUGACUUUGGAGAUGGUUUGCCCAAAGGAAAAUAUUGGUUGCAUAUCAAUUACAGUAUCCUUUAUCCUUACUUUGAAGGCACAGCCUUUUGAAUGAUGGUUUUUAAGGUGCAUUUCAGCCCUUUCAAUUGAAAAAAAACUAACUAGGAAAAUCAAUUAAGCAUAAUUCAAGAUCAAUAAACUCAAUGUUUUUAACAAUAAAAAUGUUUUAAAAUGUUGAAAACCUUACGUUUGCUGAUCUUGAAUUAUGCUUAAUUGGUUUUCCUAGUUAGUUCUCUCAAUUAAAAGGGCUGAAAUGCGACUUAAAACCAUCAUUUAAAAGGCUGAACUGUGCCUUUGAAUUAUCAUGAAACAUAGAUGACUGCUGUCUUAUAGUUGAGUUAAGGUCACAAGCACAAGGGUAGCAGGACCCAAAAUAACGAGAGAUAGGUCUCCUGUCAGAAUGACCAGUAUAUUAACGGCUUAUUGACCGAGCGUGAGGUCUGUACUGUGAAAUAUCAGACCGAGGUUUUUUAGUAUGCAGAGAGGGACGAAGGAGCGAGGUCCAUGCAAAAAACAGAGGUCUGAUAUUUCACAGUACAGACCAAACAAGCGAGGUCAAUAAUCGGUUUAUUAUAUGGCUGAACUGAGUCUGUGAGCAUAUGCUUUUCGCGCGAAUUAAAUCGGCUGUCGUCAGUUUCACUGGGUAACAAUAUACGGUAGGCAUGCAUGCUCAAUUUGGUUGUUUGAAAUUUUUAUCUGUACAGUACAAUUGGAAAUUUAAAAAGCAAAAUUUUUUUCUGUUUGCAAAGCAAAAAUUUCUCGCCAGAUAAACGACAUCCGGGACACCGAUCCAGAUACGGAAAAUACGGACCACGAUAUGGGUUUUUACGGACCGCUUGUCAACCAAUCAAAAUAGAGAAUUUUGAAAAGCCAUAUAAUAAACUGUAUUAACCUUAACCUAUAAUCACCUCAGACUACCCAGUGACCAAAUUUGACGGUGAAAAGCGCUUCAUAAUCAGCAAUACCUCGUGGCUUGGUGGCAAGAAUUCUUUCCUAGGAAUUGCAUAUCUUGUCGUCGGCUCUAUCUCUGGUUUUAUGUCUGGAGUCUUUUUCUACGUUCACUUGAAAGUCAAGUCUAGGUGAGUACGUUUCAUUUUUUUCACUUUGUAUUAGUAUGGAUUCCAUAUGAUCGUAAAGAUGGAGGCACGAUUUUUCUCAUCAGCCGAAAUACAACAUUUUAGAACUGAAAAUACGCGGAGUGAUUAUAACUAGACUUAUGAAAUUGAGGUAUAAACUAUUAUAAACUGGCCGUUGAGAAAGAUCGUGACUCUGUUUUUACGACCAAAUGGAAACCAAGUUUAAACUGGACCUCUAGGGAGAACAUUUUAGAACUUCUAGGGAGAACAUUUUAGAACUGCACUUUAGUUUCUGAAACUUUAUGCAAUUUCCAACGUAUAUCAUGGGAGACUUUUUUUGGCUUUCAUAUUUGUUGAAAAGGUCACGGGUUCUACCAGUUUAGAGUUUGGUUGAUAAUUUUUACUUUUGAUCUAACUUAUCUAAAUUUUAGCUUAAUUAAACGAUCUGUAUUUAUUAAACCGAACAUGAAAUAUAAUUUAUAUUCAUUGAAAGAAUUAAAAUCAUAAUUAAAACUCUAAUUAAUAUAUAAUGAAAGUUUAAAUUUAAAUUUUUUCUUAAUUUGUUACAGACGUCAUGACCAGGUGGACAACGUAGCUUUGGGCAGCUUGAGAAAUUAAUCUGUAAUUAACCACGACGUUUCAUGGUCAACGUCUUAUAAGGCUAAAAAAAAUGUGGGUUUCCGGUUUCUUCUUAUAAAAACUUAGGUAGGGUAGGUCGGUUUUAACUUUUUUUAAACUUUGUUUUUAAUUUUCCGAACAAGCGGACGCCAUUUUGUUUAGUCAGUGCUUCCACAUCCAAAGAUAAAUUUCCCUAAUAUUGCCUCAAAUUUCAAUUUUCCACAAACUUUUUCCUCUAAGUGGAAACACUUACAACCGUGAUCCAAUAAAAAAGUUUAGGGUCGGGAUUUCGACGUCCAAAAGCUAGGUAGGGUCGGGAAACCGGAAACCCACAUAUUUUUUUUUGGCCUAAGUUACUAUUAUGUUAAUAUUUAAGUUUAAUUAGCGUUUUAAUAAUCUAAGUUUAAUCAUUAUGAUUAUAAUGUUCCAAGUUUAAUUAUGUUGUUUUUUUAAAGAACUAAAUAUAUAGAACUUACCGCGUGUAGUCUUCCUCUACCUUUUGACGAGAUCCCGUGACCUUUUAUCACAAAUUUAAGAAUUGUCAAUUGAGGAUGAGAGUUGCAACUCUCGCUUGUUGCUCGUAAUAUUCACUCAACUCUCAUGCAACUCUUGUUCUCGUUUGACCGGGGCAUGAGAGUUGAGAAAACUCUCAUGUAAACUCUCAUGAAACUCUUGUUCUUGUUUGACCGGUGCUUGAGAGUUGAGAAAACUCUCAUGUAAACUCUCAACUCUCAUGAAACUCUUGUUCUUGUUUGACCGGGGCUUGAGAGUUGAGAAAACUCUCAUGUAAACUCUCAUGAACUCUUGUUCUCGUUUGACCGCGGGGCAUGAGAGUUGCAUGAGAGUCAACUCUCAUGCAAACUUUCGCUUUCCAAUUCUCAUCCUUGUUUGACCAGAGCUAAUAAGCAUUAGCCAUAUUUAUAUUAGAAGGCUGACAAAGUGUAACUAGUAUGCUUGAUGUCAAAUAUUUAUUGUAAAUUAAUUAUAUAUCUUGUUCAUCUUCACUGGAUAUUAUUUUGGUAUUUUCAUUAUUGUGCAUGUUUGUGAAAAAAUUUGGUAAAAGAGCGUUUGCACAUGACAUCACAGCCGCCAUGUCGGUGUUCCAAUUCAAAUGAAUGUUAAUCAGACUCUUUUGUCUAGAACACCAACAUGGCCGCCAUGGCUUUUGUUGAUUUGGUCCCUGGGGAAUGAUUGCAAACGCUCUAUACCGACAGCACAGCAAUAUAUUUCUCACUGAUCUUGAUACUCUUGUGGGCGAAGCUUGAGAAUAGGUUCAUUUCUUGUGUAAAAGCGUUGUCAUAGGCUAGUUGUGUGCUUGAUUUGCACAGUACAACUCAAGUUGUAAGCAGGUUGCAUGCGACAGUUUUAGCCAAAAGUUGUGCGGUGUAAAUCGGUCCUAAAACGUUCCAUAUGUAAACGUGAAACUCCACUCCUUGCAUUAACAUAUUCUGCACGUGUUGCAAUAAACUGUGAAGAAUUAGAAAAUGCAUGUUUUUGAUAUUAUAUCGUAUAAUUUUCUUUUUCGUCAAUUUUUAGUGCGGAUCCACAAAAUCUUCUUCUUGGAGAUGAUAGCAAUUGA